UUACAUGUCGUUUCUCAAGAAUGAGUUGUGUUGACAUUAUGUACCAGCCAUAUUCAACGGGAUUCCCCUAUCAACGGACCUCUUCGGAGGCCGUACAGGCAUUUAGCGUUCCCAGAAUGCAUGAGCCCCUGGAUCUUGGGAGCUACACUGCUUCUGCAUCCACAUCAUCGGCUGUCAAGGAGGAAGACCUAGAGAAGGACCUACAGCCCAAAGAAACUCAUUAUUUGAACGCAAACUGUGUAUUAUUAACUUACUUUACUGGAGAUACUUCAACGGUUGUUGACGAACACUUUACUCGAGCUCUCAAUCAGCCGAGCAGUUUCGGAUCAGAAACGCAUGCUACCAAGAACCUCAUCUCGAAAGAUUGUCCUCCCAUGUCCCAGAGGAACUUCCCUCCAUCUUUCUGGAACAGCGCCUAUCAGCCUUCACCGUCCUUGAGCCACCACGACUUCCAGUUCUCAGCCAACCCUUACUUCUCCACAUCCUUACACGGGAUCUCAGGUCUCCAUCAAGACCCUUGGCACUACUCCUUAUCAUCGCAGACACACAGUUACCCCCACCGGACAAUGCAUUAUGACUUGUCAUACCCAUCAAUGGCAGGGUCAAGCAGAUUCUCGCCCAACUAUGGGUCAUUACUAAUGAAUCCCUCAAUGAGGACUAGUCAGUUUGGUUCCAUGUCAGGACAAUGUGAUAUUAGCAAGGCGUCCGAUCCCAGCCGGCCGAGAUACCCGGAUCCAAGACUUGGCACGGAGUUCAGUACACAUACAAGCUUACCUGGCCUGGAAAGUUCCAUACAAGAGGCGGGCAAAGACUUAUACUGGUUUUAAAACAGCCCUAGCUGGACUUCAGAAUAUGUGAUUUGAGCCAUGUUGCAUUGGGGAACCCCGCACAGGUGAUAUUUGCGAAGCUAAGCUGAAAAGGAUUGGCAAAUCGGUCCAAUUACCUUCAGCGUAUAGCCUGCAAUCGUUGGCCCACGAUUCAAGAUGGCGGCUUGUCCUUCCGAGUCGAGAGAAAAGCGUCAGCUAUAUUGGUCGAAGGAUCAAGAGGCUCAGGAAAAUAAUUUGAAAUAUUUCAGAGAGUCUUAGUCACCCCGUAGCUAAGAAAACUACUGGUGUUUUCUUGAAAAGCUUGGUCCGGACAAAGAAGGGAAAAGCAAAAAGUUGCAUCGAGACACGGAACACGGAAUGAGGAUCAGAGAGUGCGAUUUCCGAUGUUUGUUGCAAAAAUGAACAAUUACAUACCUUCACAUUCGAAGAAAUGGUUCUGCUGAUGGGCCGAAAACUGUUCUAAUGUCGUGAAAAUAUUUGCAAUUAAUAAUCAUAAAUAUCACUUUUAUGGACAGUUGUUUCAUAUUCAUAUUCCUGUAUCAGCCACAUAAAACCAAAGAGGAUUCCUGUGUCUUCUUAUCACGUGACCACACUAUUAUUCAGAGAUCUGGCAGAUUGCUGUCAGUUAUUGUGAGUUCUGCAUUUAUGCCCUGAGAAACAAUUACUGUCUUUUUUCUCAUGAAUAGUCACUAUUUUCAUUUUAUUCAAUAAUCCGAAUAAUAGUUUACUUGAGAGUAACCUGGUUUUAUAUUUAACUGUUACCGCGUUGUUUACGCAUUUUAUACCCCAAAUGUGUUCAUAGGCAGUAAAGAUAAGCUUUCAGUUAAUUUAAUUUCCUUUACUGUAUUGACUGAAUAGACGCACUUGAACUAUAUUCAUAUUUUAAUACAAUACUCAACAUCCUAAUAUUCCUCUUUGGACCAUUUCCAAACGAAUGAGCAAUAUGAAUAUUACUUUUAUACAUUUCUACCAGUAAGGAUGUGGCAACAGUUUUCGUGUAAUACACCGUUACUCUUAUUACGGUUCUAAAACAUGGUGACACGCAUGUUUAAAUAUAUUCUUGACGAACUAUUUAAGUGUUGUCAUUCUCAAGACUAUAUUCAUCCAAAUUAUUCGCCAUGUAAUGCAUGGCAUUCGUUUCUCAAAUCAUUUCAAAAUAAACUGGCCAGGUAGAAUAAUUUCAUUUAUAUUUCCAACAAUUUGAGUUCAGUUUAGCUUAUUACCUGAGCUCGUCCUUUCCACACUAUAAUCGUCUCAAGAGUUACAUCGAGUCUCAUUUGCCAAACGCUCUCAUCAUUCUCUUCCAUUUAUUAUAUUUAAUUAUUGCAUUCUAUUCGUCUUCACUGCCAUCGAUCACGCCAAACAUACCUGUGAUAAUAAACAUAUAUCAUGACAUCGUGCCAGUGACGUCACACCCACGUCAUCAACGUCAUAUGACGUCAUGUAUGAAAAUAUUGUAUAUA